GAGGUCGGCGAGGCCUUCACGACUCCCGAAAGUUGCUUUCGGUAGGUUACGUGGAAUCAGAAUAAAAGUCAUGGAGUAUAAAAAAUAUAAACAAGUUUAUUAUUAGAGUGCUCGUUGAGGCCGGGUCGCACGGUCGUGAUUUGUCCGAUGGCUGUGAUCUACCGAAAUACUCGCGCAUUAAACGUUAGGAAGCGCGAGACUCGGCGUGCGAAGGCUGGCGACACGGCACUCGCGCCUCGCAAGCCACCACGACCACCACAACAGCGGCCAUCAGCUCGCGCCGACAUCCCAUCUCCGCGCGACAAGUGUUUUCUCCGCACGUUUCAUCUGUCAUAGGGUAUGGCGACCACAUCACGAAGUAGAAGAAAGCAAGACGAUGAGAAGAAGAGUAAGAAGAAACAGUCUCCGAUGGACGAACGGCCCACAGUACCAGCUCCUAGUGAAGCUAUGCUCAAUAACCUCCGGACAGCGUUCGGUCUGCUGGACCGGGACAGCGACGGUCACGUGACCCCCGAGGAGCUGCAGUUCAUGCUGCGCAACCUGGGCAUCGAGGUCAGUGACGACCUCAUCUCCGAUCUCAUCAAGGACGCCAGUAAGACUGGUAAUGGUUUAAUAGAUGAGAAUGACUUCAUGCAAUGGGUUACGAAAAUACAGGCGUUACAAGGGAUGGACGUGAGUUCCAGUGGGGGUGACUCGGAGGAGGAGAUCACUAGAGAUUUAUUAGCAGCUUUCAAAGUAUUCGACCGCGACGACAACGGAUACAUAACGCGGGACGAGUUACGGACAGCGCUCGAGAUGAUCGGGGAACCAGUGACGGACGCUCAGCUCAACCAGGUGCUGGCGCUCGGUGACAUCGACCACGACGGACGGAUCGACUAUGAAGAAUUCGUAAAGAUGCUGCUGUAACUGAGGACCUCACUAGAUGUAACGGAGUAUUGAAAGACAAGCGGUGCCCGCCGAAGUGUUUCUAAGCUUGACACGGUUGUAGCCUUGUUAGGCGGGUUUACUUACUAGGAAAUUCUUCCAUACUUUUAAACUACUUAUUAAUCAAAGUUUAUAUGCGCCUCGUGGUCCACGGGUCCACCAAGGUUGGCAUUUGUUGCAAAAUCAUAUACUCUCGAAAAUAUACAUUUCGUGUCAUUUUGCCUGCUUUUUUAUAUUAUUUUUUCAAAUGGCCCAGACCUCAUUAUAGAAGUUUAUAACAAUUUUGCGUCAUACGGUCAUAUAAUGACUGUGCCAUGACGAAAUGGUGCAAGUAAAAUUGACGCGAAAAUAUUUCCUAGAAAAUCUACUCUAGUGUUAGUAGGGUUGAAGGAAACCGAAUAUAAUAUAAAUAUUAAUAUCAUUUGUAAAUAGUGGAAGAAUAAAGUAGCAAUGUUAAUUGUUGAAUGUAAGUAAAAUACAAAAGUAAUUUUUGUAAUAACCUUAAUAUGUAGAUACCUAGUAUAAACUAUUGUAAGUACAAUGCAUAUUUAUUUAUUAUUAAAUUAAAUAAAUAAAUAAAAAUAUCUUAUUUUAUAGGUACAAGUAUUUGAGCUCAUAAGUAUAUAGAAUUACUCGAAUGAUGUCCAGUAAAACAGCAACUGAAACAUAAUCGUGAUUUUUUAAAUCAUGAAGUUUAUACAUUUUGUGAUUAUACAAAAAUAGUUUUGUAUAGCGAGAACCUAUUUGUUGUACUUUCUUUAUGAGUCUCACACGAUGGGUGAAAAUUACAUUAGUAUCUACGAAUUUAUUUGUAUACAUUUUUAUUUAUUUAUUUUCUCGCAUGUUUAUAAAUCUGACGUGUAUAUUUCCUAAUACAGUCAAAGUCAAUAUAGAUCCAGUAAUCAAAUUACAUACGAAGACACGUGAUGUAGGCACAUAUAGUUUAAUACUAAAGUAUUUAUGCGCUUUUGUGGGACUCGUCCUAAGUAGGUAAGUAUAAAAAUAUAACUACCAAGUUCUGUUUUAAGGUAGGUACUUAUGAUUUUAGAUGCAAUGUGUGAAGCAUUGAUUUAUGACAACCUAACAGUAGCAAUAUACCUAACAUUCAGACUUAUUAUAGUAAAAUGGAUUAUGAAGACAUUAUUUUUGUAAUAUGUAUACGUAAAGGAUACGUAUCAUUAUAUUUAUAUACUUGGAUAUCAUAAAAUAUCGUAAUUUUAUGGUUGUGAAGGAUAAAUUUAUACCAAAAAUUGUUUAAAUGCUUCAGUGUUUACUUCGAAUUGAAUGUAUAUAUUAAUUUUUAUUAUUUAUCUCGAUUAGACUAUUGCAAAUGAGAAUUAAUUUCAUCGUCUUUGGUGGAAUCAUAGAUAUCAGAAUGUACGGUAAAGGUAUUUUGAGCAUUAUGUUUUAACAAGUUAAUUGCUGUAUCACGCGACAUCGCCGCAAUCACAUACACUAUGUGAAGUUCCACGAGAAAAGUUACCUGAUGGAGUCAUAUUCGCUAAGAUAUUUCACUUGUUCAUUUUCAUUAUAAAUGCGGAUAAUACGUCGUAAGCGACUGCAUUCUUCAGUUACCUUUUCUCGUGGAACAUCACAAUCUACCUAGGUACCAAUAUUAUUAAAAUAUUGGUUAGAUCACAUCCAGUGCUGCAAUAUUGAUUCCAAUCUAAACAUUGACGAAAUUAAUCAUUUGCAAUAAUCGUAAAGGCAUGCAAGUUUGAAAAGUAAUCUCGAUCUUUCAAAGACAAGUGAUUUGGAAUGAACGUGAUCAAUAAAUUUUGAAUUUGUUA